AUGUCGUCUCACGGAUUCAGCGUUAUGAAUCUGGCGCGAGAUGUAAAGUCUGCCUCACUCAGAGAACGAGAAAAGGCUGUCGAUGAACUGGCGCAUCUUCUCAACCCACGAAAUCGAUCCACAAACCUUUCCGAUCUCGGCGACAAGAGCUAUCAUGAGAUAUUCGAGGCAAUCUUUAGUUUCGUGCUUCGAGAGAAGCCAGUAUUCUACGAUAAGAAGAAAUCACAAACAACGUUGAAUUCCACGACAUCUCGGUUAUCGAAAUGUGCAGAUGCUGUGCGCAUGGCAGUGGGACGUGGCAACGCAAAGAUUGGUCGAAAGACUCUACUUGCGAUCGUGGAUCAUAUUACUCAAGUCCUCCAUGGACCUAACAACGACGAGUUUGUGCCUCCACUACUACAGGACUACAUCAAAGCCUUGACCGAAGUUCUCUCAAGACCAGCCCAUGUAGAGAUUCUUGCUAGAAAAGAUGGUCAACCUUGGGAGCUUUGCGUCGGGUUCUUUCUCGAUGUUGCUCGGUCCUUACUCCCAGAUGAAGGAGACGUUCCAACUCUGGCAUUGGCUCGGGCAUCACCAGCUUUGACUAGAGCAUCGCCAGCUUUGACCCGAUCAUCGCCAGCACCAGGGUCAGGAUAUGGUCGAUCGGGUGGGCGAUCAACUCCUUCGACUCAAAGUCAGAGACGAGGUGCGCCUGGGGAGGGUGGUCUUUUGAAAGAUGUUUUGGAAGGACUCUACUACCUUGUCAUAAGUGGAAACGCGCCACUACUCCGGCAUUUCAAGGAUAUCACACCCAUCGUGCUUAGAGUUUUGAGCAUGAAGCAGCUCAGUCUCGGCUCCUUGCAGACGCUGGCAUUUGCCAUCCUAAAUGCCAUAUUCUCAGCCACGCAUGCCGAUGACCUGACACACGCCGGCUCCAUGGUGCAAAGUCUACUGCCACUGAUGAGCCACUGGUGGAGGUCCGAAAAGGUGUCGCAGGACGAAGUUAUCAGAGCACUAAGAAUUGAAAUUUCCAGAAGCAUUCUCUUAACAUACCUUCAUAUCGAGCAUCUGGUCAUCAGUUCCUCAGAUGAAACCAUUCGCUUAGAUCUCGAGGAUUUGGUCGAAAAUGUUUGGUCUGAAUAUUCAAGACGUGGCGAAGCCUUCCGCUUACAGAUGAGCGAUAUUACUUUUGACAUGUCCUCUUUGCCAACAUAUGGUUUGCAGCUUGAUGUAUUUGGUUUGCGCACACACAAUGUCUACGGGGAAGGCCAUUGGGCUACUAUACAAAACCUAGCGUUUCUUGAACGCAUCAUGAUACUGCCUCGUUCGAGGAUACAGGGAGAUGAUGCAGAACAGGAUGAGCAGCCGCGAAAGAGGAGACGUACUCGCCAAGACAUGAGCCGAAUCAGGCUCAAGCUCAAGGCUCUCGAAGUGACAGUUCGGAGGACUGCUCUACAAUUGAUCCCAUUUCUCCUUGCAGGUAAUUCAUUCAGUCGUGAUGAACUUCUCGACCUGCUUCCCGACCUGGUGUCUUUGGCAACUGACAAGAACCCUGUUACGGCUUCCUGGGCCCUAAUAGCUUCUGCAAGCUGUAUUAUGUACGCAAAGGAGUGUCAUGCUGAAGUGGACAUCUGGCGGCAAUUCUGGCACCUUGCUACACGCUCUGUCAGUUUACCAGGAACAAGUCGCGCAGCCUGUAUACUCCUGCACGCGAUCGUUGAAGCAGACGUUCUCCCGUAUCACACAAUUGCCCAGGACAUCAACAAUGUGGUGACGACUGCAGAUGUCAGUGGCCCCAGUGUUUUAUGCGAUGCCUCUAUCAGUUUGAUGUUUCAUAUUCUUCAUCUGCGUAACGCAAGAAUACCGAGUGCAAGUCAGAGUACUUGUCAUCAUAUAAUUCGAUGGGUUUUCCUUCGAUGGAACCCUAAUGAAUCCGCAUUUGCAUCAUAUCACUCUGUACACGUCCAACCGAUUCAACUGGUGAAUCUCAUUCGAGCUUGUUGCGGAAUGAAAGUUCUGGAGUUGAAUUCUCACACAGCCGUCCCAGGAGGCCCUUUGACGGAGACAUGGAGUGCUUUCAAAGAGAUCGAGCCAUUUACACGGUACACUCUCCUGACCAAAGAUGAACCUGACAGUUCUGCUACUAUUGGGGCUUGCUGCUUCGCAGGACCAACGAACCCACCUCCCCUGGCAGAUGCCAACGCGCGUUAUGCUUCCCAAAAGCUAACACUGGAGCUGUUCCAUCCCAAGCUGGGUGAACUGACAGACCUCUGUACAUCUUGGACCAAGAAGAUGAACGAAGGCGGUAUACAGAUCUCAUUUGACCGCUUUCAGAGUCUUCUAUCAGCCUGCUUGACAGGCACAUUGCUUUUGCCACUGCUCAACGAUCUCAAUUCGACUCAGUCCUCAUCUCUCGAAUCUACUCUAAAAGAGAUUGUUGAUAAAGGCUUGAGUUCAGCUUUGUCUUCCGUUGAACCUACUUCGUUUGUGGAUUCUGUUUUGCGAGCAAUUCGGUCUGUGAUGCCUGAUCUAACAACGGCGAGCCUGAACCAGCUGCAAGCAGCCAACCCUAGCCUCCUACAUCUCUUCUCUAGACUAUGGAGCUCAGUUGGAGAGCAAAAAGAUCAAACAAAGCUUGACAGCAAUGUCGAUUUAAUGGACAUCGAUGAUGAUUUUGAUUCGCAAAGUAGCAGGGCAAGCUCCGUGCAUGCGCCCGUUGCUGCCCCAAGAUUUAAUAUCCAGAUGAAAUUGGACGCGCAGGCGUUCUAUACCGAAACGAGGGCCCGGCUUCAUUUCUUGUCUAUCAUUAGCGAAGAUGUUGGGCAGAUUGGUCUUGUCCCCGAUAUCUACGUGGAGUAUCUCAUCAACAUGCCAGAUGAUGACUUACUGAUGUGUCAGAAUCUUCUGUUCGAGCUGUUUAGUUCUGACCUCAUUGUCACCCCAGAUAAUGCAUUAGCCAUCAUCGAGAGGCUUGGGGAAUACGUUGGCCAGCCUGAAUACCAGUGUGCUGAAGUUGCUUUGAGCACCUGUAUUGGAGUUAUUGAUGGGCUUCAUCCGAUCUGGCUGAACGACAAGCGAUAUCUCUCCGAAAGAGUUGGCGAUCUUUACUACCACUUCAUCAAGGUUUGCCUUUCUUCAAACAUAUUCUCACCACGAGCUCAAACGUCCAUGGUUCGGUUACUAUUUACUCUUCUACGGACCAACACGGAGUACGGUAAAGAUCAAGGCCUCGAUUCACCACGAACUUGUCUCCUCUACAUCCUAAAAAAUGGUCCGAUGUCGGUCAAGUACACAAUAUCCCAAAAGAUUGCCAACGUAUUCGACCUUUUUGUCCUCAAACUUCACGACGAGGUAUUUGUGGAUGUGCUCGAUAGUCUACCAACAGAUCCUUUAGAUACAACUGGCAUUGCGUUUCGCCUACUGGUCCUGUCAAAUCUUGCAUGCAGAUGGUCGACCUUGCUCAGAAGAUGCACCUACCAUAUCUUUGAAACACCGGGAAAGAUCCCUGACUCAACCGAGUAUGCGACUCGAUGCUUGAUCAAUGUGUCCAGGACAUUAAAAUUGGAGUCGCCAAAGGCCCUAUUCCGCCUAUUUUCCCGCCAGCUCCUUUAUACUUGGCUGGAGUGUGACCUAAUAGAGGAUAUUCCGUUCUCCAUUUUCGGGUUUGCCACCCUAGGAGACCUCCUCAAAUCUGCCCAGUCUGAAGCCGUUGGAUUGACUGUGAUGAGAGGGCAAGAUGAUGCCUUUUCGGAGGUCUGUCGCGUUCUGGGAAGCUCUAAAGGCGACCUCGUUCGCGAGAGCUUCACUACUGCUAUUGCUUACAGUAUGAUUUAUGGUGAUGCGAAUGGAGGUGACGAUAAAGAUCGAGGUGAAGCCAACGUCAAAAAGCUGCUCGGAAGCAAAACAUACACGGAGUUGAUUUACAUAAACUUCGUUGACAUCGCUGCCCUCUUCUUUGACCUCAUCGACCAGGAGAACUCUCUGGAGAAGGUGUUCACCAGAUUCAAGCUCGAUUACGCUGCUGACAUUCUGAGCGCUGUGAAAACAAUUUCUCACUCACCAGCUGAACUACCAGCGAAUCAGCAACCAAUGUUCAAAGCGAAAUAUCUCAUCAGUGAACUUCACAGACUGUGCAAGAAUACAGAGUUUCAGUUUCACGAUCUGUGGACGCCCCCUUUGGUUGUAUCAAUUGCUCGCAAACUUCUCAAUACUGUACAUCCAGCUUUGGGGCCCUUGCAUGCCUGCUCGGUGCUUCGAAAAGUUCGAGUCUUAAUCUCUCUUGCUGGCUCAGUUGCGUUGGACUCUUACCCGUUAGAGAUGCUUUUGAACGCAACGCGCAAGUUUAUUACGGACUCAGAAUGUGCGGAUGAUGCGUUGGGUAUAAGUCAGUAUCUCCUGGCGGAGGGUGCCAGUCAUCUGAGUAAUGCUCCUUCAUUCCUUGCUGGGCAUGCUCUGUCAACACUUGCAUCACUUCGUGUUUUCCUGGAGUCAAGCCAGUCUAGCACAACCCAAGAGAGCCAGUUCAAAGCGACGAUGAGCAAAGCAGAAAAGUUUCACGGAUGGUACAGCAAGUAUCUGGAGGAGUAUGACUCACCAAUGUUCAAGAAUCUCGCGCAGAAGAGUGCCUUCAAGUCGAUUACGCAGUCAGCCGCUCGUAUUCGAUCUUCUGGUAAUGCUGAGCGAGGAACUGCAGAGAGCAAACUCCUGUUGGAUAUCUUGGACGAUGGGGGCGCGGAUCACCAGUUGCUCAACGAUUCUUCUCGCCAGCUUGCCCUUGGUCUCCUUUGCGGAGACUUUAGCAUCCCCGACUCAAUCAAGGAUGACAUUAUCGAAUCCGAUCAGGAUGCCUUGAAGCAUUCCACAGCUGUGUGGAAGAGCUGUGAUACGGAAAGCCUCAGCGAAGAGUAUCUGGCGUGGGCUGGGCGAGUUGUCGGGCGAGCCUUUUCAGCAUCCGGCGAGAUUCCAGCCGAUAUCCUUUGCGAAUCAUAUCUUACCCGCUAUCAGCAGAUAGCUCCCGGUUCUAACGGCUCAGAGAUGGGUAUACUUUACCUUCUCCAGGACCUUACAUCCACGCCGGAUUCUGUCACUGCUGGGCUCGCUGAAGCUGCUUUGAGGUCAAUUGUCUCUGAUGCCACAUUGCUAGACGAUGAGCCACUGAUUGUAGCAUGCCAAAAGAGUCUAACAGAGUCUCUCCUGGUUACAUCGCAAUGGGGCACACAUAGAUCGCCUCCGUCCGACAAAGGUCCUGCAACCCCCAACUCUUCACCAAUCCAGCAAGAUGUUUGGUCCAUGGAUAUCGCUUCAAAGGAUUGGCUUCCGAGCCUCAGUGCACAUCUAGCUCAGUCUGUUCCAGAGUCAAUCAUCCUUUCAGUUCUUGCCCCUAUACUUGCCCGAGUUGAGUAUUUCGCAGAAAGUGUGUUCCCUUUUGUCGUUCAUCUCGCACUCUACUUUCCGAUAAACCAACCACAUUCCCCCAAGCGACAGCUCUCCGUGGCAAUCAAAAGCUGGCUUCAAUGCACAAAUCCAAUAGCCAAAGAAAAUCUCAAGCUUCUUAUCAACACGCUGCUGUAUCUGAGGACACAACAGUAUCCAAAGGAAUCUUCAAUAGCUGACAGGUCACACUGGCUGGAAGUGGAUUCUGCAUCGGUUGCAUCCACGGCAUCGCGAUGCGGCAUGUAUAAGACAGCUUUGUUAUUUGCUGAAUAUGUUUCCCCGGAAACCUCACGGUCAUCAAGAAGGUCUUCAGCUGUGAAGGAAGUGGAUAUCAGUGAAACUCUUCUCUCAAUUUUCGAGAAUAUUGACGACCCUGAUGCAUACUAUGGACUACCAGAGGAGCCCAGCCUUUCGAAGGUCCUUGCUCGCGUGGAGUACGAAAACGAUGGCCCUCGAAGUCUUGCAUUCAGAGGUGCCCAAUACGACAGCAACAUCCGCCUUGGUAACCCAUUGUCCCAGUCAGAUGGACAAGCCUUAGUAAGAGCCUUGGGCACUCUCGGCUUGUCUGGUCUCUCCAACUCGCUUCUUCAAACACAAGAAAGUUUGGAAUCUUCUCCCGCCGCCCUCGAGGACACCUUCGACACUGCCAGGAAGUUGGAGAUCUGGAACCUACCGGCGCCCUCGAGUGACCAUCACGCGGUCACGGUCUACAAAGCAUACCAAAGCAUUCAUCAGGCAGCAGAUAUUGCCAAUGUCAGGACUGCUGUACAUGAUGGCUUCGGUCGCACCAUGAGCAGCUUGGUCGCACAUGGUCUCAAUGCUACUGCCCUGAGGAAACGGCUGGGAGCUCUGGCUUUGUUGACAGAGCUCGACGAUGUUCUGGGUGUUUCUGACACUUCGGAGAUGGAUAGCCUCAUUGAAAAGUUCAAAGGCCGAGGUGACUGGAUGAGAAGUGGACUGUACGGCAGUGUUAGUCAGAUCUUGUCUUGUCGUGGCACCACGAUGAGCAUGAUCAGCCAACAAAACACCCUGCGAACCAACAUUAAGCUUUCUGCGGCUGCUGCAAGACAAAUGGAGGUCGAGGCGAUGAUUACUGCUUCCCAAAUCUAUCGUUACCAUCAGGCAACGCAGGAAAGUCUCAAUAUAUCGACCAGGCUCACCAACCUCAUCUCGCCAUGCGCAGCGUUGGACCUUCAUGUAGAUGCAGCAGUCAACAUCGAGACAGCUAAUUCUCUCUGGGAUUACGGGGAGAUGAGCACAUCCAUACGCAUGCUUCAGGGCAUUGACAAAGAUGCUUCCCUGAAGAAGCAAACCCUUCCAGUCAGCCGAUCCGACUUGCUGUCUAAAAUUGGUUAUCAGGUAUCUGUCGCCCGCCUUGAGAAACCACAUGAUAUCCAGAAGAACUAUCUGGAGCCUGCACUGAAGGAGCUCAAAGGUAAAGGCCAAGGCCGUCAAGCGGGUUCCGUUUUCCACCAGUUCGCCAUGUUCUGUGAUCAGCAACUGCAAGAUCCGGAUGGGUUGGAGGAUCUGACAAGACUUCAGAGUCUGAAGAAGGCCAAGAGUGACGAGGUUUCAGAAUUGAAAACCUUGAUUAGCAGUACAAAGGACGCCCAGCUGAAGACCAGAUACUCGCAUGUCCUGAAUAAGGAGAAGCAAUGGCUAGACCUUGACGAGCAGGAGUUACGUCGUGUGGAACAGACUCGCAGCGAAUUUGUUCAUCUGAGUCUUGAGAACUACCUCCUAUCUCUCAUCGCUUCGGACGAACAUAACAACGAUGCACUCCGUUUCACGGCCCUUUGGCUAGAGCGAUCGGAAGAGGAGGCUACGAACAAAGCAGUCAUGCGAUACCUGUCCGAAGUACCAACAAGGAAGUUUGCUAGUCUCACCAACCAGUUGACAUCUCGGCUGCAAGACCACGAUACCACUUUUCAAAAGCUGCUGUUGGAGUUGGUCUACAAAAUCUGCGUGGACCAUCCCUAUCACGGCAUGUAUCAGAUUUGGUCGGGGACUAAAGCAAAGGCCCAGCAAAAAGACGAUGUAGCGGUCUUGCGUGUCAGAGCAACAGAUCGUGUUGCUAAGCGUCUCGCCGAGACACAGUCCGUGGCCAACAUUUGGCUCUCAAUCGACAAGACUAGCAAGUACUAUCAUGCCCUUGCCAUGGACAGGAACCCGAAUAAGUACAAGUCGGGUGCGAAGAUUCCACUCAGAGAUUCAACACCAGGUCAUAACCUCGUCAAUUGCCUGGCAAAAUACCGUAUUCCCUCACCCACUAUGCAUGUGGAACUGUCAGCUACAAAGGAUUACUCCAAAGUACCAAUUAUCUCUAAGCUGGAGCCUACCAUGACUAUCGCUUCUGGUGUCAGUGCGCCCAAGAUUAUUACUGCCAUUGGAAGUGAUGGUGUGCGCUACAAGCAACUUGUCAAAGGAGGACACGAUGAUCUACGACAAGACGCCAUCAUGGAGCAAGUCUUUUCCGCCGUUUCGUCUCUGCUGAAGCUUCAUAGGACGACUCAGCAGCGGAGCCUAGGAAUCAGGACGUACAAGGUACUUCCACUGACAGCAUCGUCUGGCCUGAUCGAAUUCGUUCCCAACACAAUUCCACUCCACGAAUUCUUGAUGCCGGCCCAUGAGAGAUACUACCCAAGAGACUUGAAAGGAUCCCAAUGUCGUAAGGAGAUCUUCGGAGUCCAGAGUCGAACAAUAGAGACCAGAAUUAGUACCUACCGCAAGGUCACCGAGAAGUUUCACCCAGUCAUGAGAUACUUCUUCAUGGAGAAUUUCAUGGAUCCGGAUGAAUGGUUCCUCAAGAGGUUGGCAUACACGAGAAGCACGGCGGCUAUAUCAAUGCUGGGACACAUCCUUGGCCUGGGUGAUCGACAUGGACACAACAUUCUCUUGGACCACAAAACAGGAGAGGUGGUUCACAUUGAUUUGGGUGUUGCAUUCGAGGCUGGCCGUAUCCUACCGGUUCCGGAAUUGGUACCUUUCAGGCUGACGAGAGACAUUGUAGAUGGAAUGGGAAUUACAAAGACAGAAGGAGUCUUUCGACGAUGUUGCGAGUUCACUCUGGAUGCUUUGAGAGAAGAGCAGUACUCGAUCAUGACUAUCUUGGAUGUGUUGCGUUUCGAUCCGCUGUACACAUGGUCGAUCUCGCCCCUUAGACUCGCCAAGCUUCAAAAGGCAAGACAUAAUGAUGAAACUCUGAUAGAUGACGAGCAAAGCGAGGCCGAGACGAAGAAGGGCAAGAAAGCCGCAGGGCAUGUUAACGAGCCCUCUGAAGCCGAUCGUGCGUUGGAGAUUGUGAGAAAGAAGCUCUCCAAGACGUUGAGCGCCACUGCUACUGUCAACGAUUUGAUCAAUCAAGCGACAGAUGAGCGUAAUCUGGCAGUUUUGUAUUCUGGAUGGGCUGCAUAUGCUUGA